AUGGAUAAAAUAAUUAAGAAACGGAAAAUAAGAGCAGCUUUGUGCUUGGCUGUGUAUCUAAAUAUUCCAAAUAAGAGACAAAGAAAGUGUUGGUUUCCAUCUACGCAGCAGGAUUGGCUGGAAGUAGCAAAUGGAUUUGAACAAAAAUGGCAAUUUAUAAACUGUGGAGGAGCUCUGGAUGGCAAGCAUAUUCGUAUUGUACCUCCUCCUCAUUCAGGAGCACAAUACUAUAACUAUAAAAAUUUUUAUAGUAUCAUUUUAAUGGCUCUCGUCAAUGCUGACUACGAAUUUAUUUUUGUCGAUGUAGGCAAAAAUGGAAGAUUAUCUGAUGGAGAAGUAAUUGAAAGCACCAAAUUUUAUCAUAAGUUAAUUCAUGGCCAGUUACAUCUGCCAAAUAACACAGACACAGAAAAUAAUUUCAAUUUUGUAUUUUUGGGCGAUGAAGCAUUUUCUUUACAUGAAAACUUUUUAAAACCGUAUCCUCAAAGAGAUCUUUCUUAUAGUAAAAGAAUUUUUAACUAUAGACUAUCACGAGCGAGAAAUGUUUCGGAAAAUGCAUUUGGCCUGAUAGCGGCAAGGUUUAGAAUUCUGCAUACACCAAUACAUAUGAAGAACCCGGAAAACAUCUGUUACGUUGUACUUGCUAUUUGUUCUCUUCACAAUUUUCUUAGGAUGCGUGAUACUUCUUAUACAACAUCAACAUCAUUUGAUCAAGAAAAUCUGAUAACUAAAGAGUUACAGGUGGGUGAUUGGAGAAAAAAUGCCGUUAAUAUGACAAAAUUAGAAAGUCGUAACAAAAAAGUAGCUACCAUAGCUGCGAAAACUAAUCGAGAUAAUUAUACAAGUUAUUUCAAUUCAGAUGGAAAAGUUGAUUGGCAGGAUGAAAUGUUGGCCAAAGAAAAAGCUUAA